AUUAAUUAAAUCUCUUACUGUAAAUAACGACUGAAAGUAGGAACGAUAGCUGGAAAGAAAAAACUUGAGCUUGGUGAAAUGGAUCCUUUUCGAAUCUACGCGCGCAUUUGACGAAAACGAGAAGUUGUGACGGAAGUAGCCGAUUCGUCGUUUCCGCUUCGGUUUUGUUUUGUUUGUUUACAGCAUUUAUUAUUUGAGGUUAUGUUUAUAUUUAUCAAAUGUAAGUCUUGAUUAAAGCUCGUCUAAUUUGGAGUUCUAAGAAUUGAAUUCCGUUUUUUUUAGAAAAUUCUUUGUGAGCUGGAAAGUUGAUGUUCUUUAAAAUUAUCUAAAUAGUGGUGUAUGCAUGUAAAAUAUCAAUUUUCAAUCCAAAACUUCAGCGGAAACAUCUGGAUGAUCACAAUUCCUUCUUCUGGAUCUUCCUCCGUGAGCAUGCCUCGUUACAUUUUGUAUGGUAAUUAAUCCUAUCGUCGAAGGAUGGAGCCUGCUCUUAUCAAAGGUGGCUCCAUCCUUUUAUCCUUCUUUCCCAAAGUACUUUCGGUGUGAUCGUUUUCAAUUUUAAUUCAUUAAAAAUUAUCAUGAUUCUGUAUCAAUCACCGAAAGUUCAACAAGGAGGGGUUACAUGAAUAAUUUUUCACAUGACUACUUACGAACAAAACUACAAGUUCCUUAAAAUGAGUCCAGCACUAUCAGGACAGGCCAAAUUGCCUGGUAUUGAAAUUCGUAUGUACCUAAUUUCAUGGAUUGCAGCUACGACAUUUGCAUUGUAUCAACUUUAUGCUGCUUGUCAACAAUAUUGUAAAAAUUAUUUCUGCCAAGAAAUAUUUGAAGAUGGAUGGCCUGUGCUAAAUAUGAAGAUAGACCGUACUGACUAUGAAUGGAAUUUAUGGACUAAACUAAUUUUCCGCCUCCUACCUUGGUUUGGUCUUCAUCUGGUAGGGGCAGAGAUUUUCAGAAAGUUCAGCCUACGCAUCACCUUGAUUUGGUACACUGCUGUUACUGUAUUAUGCAUUAGUUAUUUGACCAAUUUUCAUGCUGUUCUUUUGAUACUUGCUCAAUUUUGUUUGUACUAUUUACUGCUACGUUUAAAAUCCAUUAGUCUCAUUUGGAUUUUCUUCUUUAUUAGCACUGUUUAUCAGUAUUCUAUUAUGACUCAAUUUCUACCUAAAAUUCAUGAAGAUCAAUUCCAUGUAAUAUUUGUGAUAUUGUCCUGGUCGCAUUUACGAUGCAUCAGUUUCACAUCGUUUCUCAUAUCAUCUAAAACUUCAUCCAAUUUUAUUUUUUUAUUAGGAUACUGUUUUUACCUUCCCUGCUUCACUCUAGGCCCCAUUAUUUUGUACCCUGAUUUUAUCUCAAACGUUGAAAGAGUGGAGAGUAAUUUCUUUCCAAGGUUUCUAAAAGCAAGCAUCAGUUUUCUCCGAUACUCAUUUUGGUAUUAUUUUACAGAGUUCGGGUUGCAUUUCAUCUACAUAGGGGCUUUUCCUCAUCAUUAUGGUAAUUUAAAUUUGAACCCAUGGGCAAUGUGUGGGUUAGGGUUUGCCAUGGGAAUGUUUUUUUACCUUAAAUAUCUAGUAGUAUAUGGAGUUGCUGGUUCAGUAAUCACAAUGGAGGGUUACGAUCCUCCAUCACCUCCUAGGUGUAUAGCAUGCAUACAUUUAUAUUCUCACAUGUGGCGCUAUUUUGAUACAGGCCUUCACAAAUUCAUAAAAAGUUGUAUUUAUAAGCCUCUUUCAGAUACUCUGGAAAAUUUUGUCUCUGGUUUACUCUUAUCUUCACUUGUAUCCCUUAUUUGCUUCUCAUUCAUAUUUUUGUGGCAUGGCCUUCAUAAGUACGUGCUGAUCUGGUCCUCUCUCAACUUUGUUGGUUUAGUUAUUGAGUUAGGAUGUAAGAAAUUAAGCACUUCAAAAAGAUUUUGUUACUAUCAAGAUUCCAUUCUAAGCAGAAGAAAUCAAAGACGAAUGUAUGCUUUACUUGCAGCUCCAUUAACAGUUAUGUCAGCUGUAUCUAAUUUUUAUUUUAUCGGUGAAGGUGAAGAAGUAGGAUUUGCCUUCGUUUCAUUUCUACUCAAGUCCUCUACCUUUGCAAAAGUGGCUCUUUUACUGUCCAUGUACACAUUAAGUCAAAUUUCAACUGAGUAUGUGAUUAAAAAAAAGAAGCUAUAAAUUCUCAGAAUAAAACAUUAACAAUUGCAAAGCUCAUGAGCUGUCUGAGGAAGAACUUUGUAGUAUCACAUUUUAAUAAUGCACAUCCUGAAAUAAUGGAUUUGAGGUUUAAUUUUUAUUUUCAUCAUUAAUUAGUAGCUUGAAUGCCCUGAAAUGCGAUCAAUGAACAAUCAUGCAAUAUCCCUUAUUUUUGUAAAUAAGCUUUGAGAUUAAAAAGAAGCAUCCUUUUUCCUAAGUAUCAUUCCUUUUUCUCUGAAAAUGCCCUAAAAUAAUACUUGUUGAAGGUGAAACU